AUGUUGAUACCACUUUCAAUUGUAGAUGAUGUUGCUAUGGUUGAUUUAGGUCAACAACAUCACCGCCACAACAACAUGUUACCUGUCUAUGUUCUCUUUGAUUCUCGUACCGGCAACAUCUCUCAAAACCACCCUACAAGAACACCACCUUGGUCUGUCAUAGAUCAAGCUCUUCUCUUUCAUUCUCACAACCACAACAGUGUUCCAACAACAUUAAUGUCUCACAACCACAACAAUGUUCCAACAAGAUUAAUGUCUCACAACCACAAUGUUUCAUCAAGAUUAACUUCACAAACGGUGUCUGUGGUAGAUGAAACUGUUGUCUAUGAUUCUCCUAGGGGAAACAACUUUCCAAGAAGAUCAAGGAUUCAUCCCCACCACCACCACCACCACAAUGGUUCUAGAGCUUCUCCACCCGUGCAAAAUGCUAGAGCUUCUCCUGUGGUGAUGGGCGUUCAAGAUACUUCUCAACAUGUUACAAAAUCCACAACAGAUGCAGAAUCCGUCUGUUGCAUUUGUCUUGUUGACUUGUCUAAUGGUUCUUCCACCCCAACUCGGUUGCGCUGCUCUCAUGUAUUUCAUAUUGACUGCAUUCAAAAAUGGAUCAACAUUAAGAAAACUUGUCCACUCUGUCGCGCCAAUGUUUAA